UCCAAGUUACAAAGUUAACAGAAAAAACAACAUUGCUAAGCAAAGACGAGAAAUACAGUAGUAUUUAGCUUAUUUUUGAAGAAGAAAACUUGAUCAGUUCACAACAAUUUCAGGCAAAGGAAAUUCAUGGAGAACACAUUCGACAAAAUCUCAACCGUCAAUCAAAUUUUAGAUCUGCUCUCCGUACUCGGUUACGUCGACACCACUAAUUCUGAUGCACCGCCGCACCAGAAAAUCACCGACGGCCUCUCUUGGAUCAUCGCCACCCUCAACCCAAACAUAAUACACGAUCAAAACAACACGAAUUGGAUUGAAGAAUCUCUAAAAUUACUAGAAUGUCCUCACUCUCUUCAACAAACUCAUAUUCAAGAUCUUGAUAUCGAUGCUCUUUUACCAGUUAUUCAGUGGCUUACUUCACGCUUUAAUGAGGUUUAUCACCAUGAAAAUACUAUUGAAUUUGAACAAGAGGAUCAGCUUAAAACUACUUCAAUAAAUGACAAUUUGGAUGAACUGAAUCACCGGAAGAUGAAUGUUGUGGAGAAGUUGGAUGAGUUAAGAUCGAGAAUCGAUAAGGAAGGCGCUGAUUCUGCGGUGCAGAAGUUGUACACGUUGAUGAAGUCUUUGAAGGAUCUUGAAAGGAAGGAAAAUCACUUUCUGGUUGACCGCGAUUCUAAGCAUUCAGAACUUCAAUCUGAGAUUGAUGAAUUAGAGAGGAAAUUAGAAAAUGAAUGUGAUAGCAAGAGUCUUACUGAUGGGCUUCAACAUUCUUUUAGUGAAUCACUCGAAAGAGUUGAUUUGAUGAAAAAGGAACUUGCUGCUAGACUAAGGGAUGUAGUGGCAGUAAGACGGCAGAUUGAUGAUCUACUGUGCCAAUCAGAAAUUGUCCAGUAUGAACACCGGCUUUCAGAACUGUAUGCUCAAAUCCAGGGAAAACAUCGACAGACUCGCAAAUACUAUUCCACUUACAAUGCUCUUUUGGAAAUAAAAGAAUUGAUGUUAAAGGAAACAUCUUUAUUGAAUUCGAUCAUUUCACAGUUUCAAGAGGCCUUUAGUAGCACUGAUGGCCGUACAAAACUUGUUCAUUCCAUGGAAGGAAUUGUCAAGGGAAGUCAACAGAAACUAGAAAAGGUUCAACUAGGGCUUCAACAAGAAGAGAGAAACCGCAAUGACCUUAAGGAUAGAUAUGCUGCAGCAAUCGGUGAGCAAAAGCGCUGCUAUUCUCUGAUGAAAGCUUUUCAGGAAAAAUGUACCAAGGAGAGGUUACAUUACGGCGUCUAAGUUCCGAUGGUCAGACUCGCAAUAAUACCAUGGUUAAUGGUUAUGGGUUAACAGGGAUCAUCUGCAUUUUAUAAACUGAUUCGUGAGCUGCAGUUGUGAUGAUUUGCAUUUUAUUUAGUAAUUAAAUAAAACGAUUUUAUGGUUGGGGUUUUGUACAGUUUCCUAUAACCGUUGAUCAUUCCAAUCCGCCAAAGGAUGAGACAUUCUCCAAUUGGUAUUUUACUAUUAUCAAAUGAUUGAAAAUCUUACACUUUUCAUACUUCAGAAUGUGAU